CUGGCCGUGCUGGCCGCGGCGGGAAAACACGGGAAGCGGCUUUGAACCGCCAUCGUCCAUUGGCCGAGCCUGGCCGUGGAGUCGGAGUCGCAUUCGCAGCAUUCACGGAGACAUGGCGCACCGGGCGGUGCUGCUGGUGCUGGCAGCCGCCGCGUGCUGCGCGUCCGCCUCCAUGCCCAAGAUCCGAGGCGUGGUGGACAAGGUGCUCGACAAGGUGUUCGGGGCGGUGGACGCCCUGGCUCCGCCAGCGGGCAGCUUGCCUCCGGUCGACGGCAUCCUCCCGGUGGGUGCGUUCGUGCCCAUCGGCCUCCUCCCCCGCUCCACCGAAAAGCCGCACUCGGUUGACCGGCGUUCGGUGGAUGUCCAUCACCACGAGCCAGGCCAUCAUCACCUGCCGCCCGCCGAGGUGCCCGAACCGAUCCCGCUCCUCGAGCCGGUCGAGGUGUACGACGCGGUCCAGGUGCACCAGCCGGUCGAAGUGGUCGAAGUCCUGCAACCGGUCGACGUGGUCGACGUGGUCGACGUGGUCGAACCGGUGGUGGUCGUGGUGGACUCGGCCUCCCUCGUCGACCACCCCGUGCUCAUCGAAGAGUACGACAACUACUACUACCCGGUGGACCAUCACAUCCUCUGACCACCACGUCGUUGUUUUAUUUUUAUUUUUAUUUUC